CUCUUUGGAGACUGUGGCAGGUGUGCUUAUCAGCUGCGGCGCGGUCUCUACAUGUCAUUAAUUUUGCUAAACAUUCCUGGAGUUAAGAAACUCUUUAUUCAUUAAAUUCAUUAUUACUGGCGUAAUCAUGUCCGGCCAUCCUGUACUUAUCGUUGUUCUGAACAAAGAGACUCAAGAGUUCGAGCUGGACGAGGAAGCCCUACGGGGUGUCCUGCUGAGUCCUGAAGUCGGCGACAAACCCGUCUGUGUGGUGGCGGUGGCGGGGGCGUUCAGGACCGGCAAGAGCUUCCUUCUGAACUUCUUAGUGAAGUACUGCGUCAAUGAAGGCUUACCGAACUGGCUGGGUGAUCCGUCGCAGCCGCUGGAAGGUUUCGUCUGGAGCACAGGCAUGGAGGGGCAGACCGCCGGCAUUUACAUUUGGAGCGAACCUUUUACUAUCUACGCUAAACCAAGCGGCAAAGAAGUGGCAGUUAUUCUCAUGGAUACUCAGGGCACGUUCGACACCCAGACUUCGCCGCGGGAUUCGACGUAUAUCUUCGCCCUGACGCUGUUGACCUCCUCCGUGACGGUGUACAACCUCAUGAACAACAUCCGCGAGGACGACCUCACUAACCUGCAGACGUUCAGCACCUACGGAGCCUCGGCACAGAAGGAGAUCAAAGAGUCGCGCGCAUUCCAGAACCUAUUACUCCUGGUGCGUGACUGGAGUUUUCCUCAGCAGCAUCCAUGCGGCCACGAGGGCGGUCAAGUUGUACUGGAGAAAGUGCUAGGCCAACUAGGGGAAAAGGCGGAGAAGCUGAUGAAUGCGUCAACCCACCAGAGGUUGAUGAGACAAGGCCUCCGUCAGAGUUUUGAGAAGCUGGAGUGCUACCUCAUGCCGCACAUCGGCCUCGGCGCGGCCGAAGACUCCAAUUUUGAUGGUCGACCAAAUCAACUGAGCCCACAAUUCGUGGAGCACAUAAAGCUGCUGGUGCCUCGCCUGCUGGCGCCUGAGCGCCUCGUGGUGAAGCGUUCAGCGGCGCGGCGGGGACAGCCCGCCACCGGGGAAGAGCUGGUGGACUUCAUCAAGACCUACAUGGCGGUCUUCAGGGAGGGAAAGCUGGUGGAACCCACCAGUCUGGCUGAGAUGAUGGCACGUGUAUGCAGUAAUGGAGCUCGUAAUAUUUCUCUUGAAGUAUACAAAAAUGCCAUGAAUUCUAUUGUUUUCCCCAAUGGAAAACAACUUGAGGCCUCCGUUCUCAUGAGCCAACACUUCGCAUUCAAGCGUGACGCCGUCGCAGCCUACCUCAGAGAAAACCAAUAUGCAGACAGCAGUGAACAGUUUCCGGUUGUUCAUGAAGUCAAAGAGCAACUUGAAAAUGAAAUCGACGACCACCUCCUUCACUACACCGAAGUUAAUGAUCACAACAGAAUUAAGGAACAGAUGAAGAAGCUAGAAGAAUAUGUUGAAGCGGCUGUUAAAAUUGGAGCGCAGGCUGUGACCCUCGCUGGUAUAUAUUUAUCCCGCCGUCCUUAGUGGCUAAACAAAACAAAAUAAUAAUAACGGCUCUGGAUUAUCGUGGUGUCAUUGAAGAAUUAUAAUAGUCACUUCUAUACCCGUAUUAAAAAGAAAUUUUGCAUCCGUACAAAAUUAAAUUAUGAACUGUUUAAGGAGAGUAUGACUAAUGAUAAUUUAUCCUAUAAUAUUACCAUGGACAAUUAUUUACGAAUUGUUGGAAAACGCCUUUGAUAAUUGAAGGUAGAAACAUAUAUCCUGUCCGUUGAUAUUUUCGAUUUAUUGUGUUCAAUUUUUUCAGUGAUAAAAUUCUUCUUGCAAUGGCAUGUGCAUAUUUUCUUAACUCAUUUUGAUGUAAACAAGAAUUGAAUAUCAUUCUGCAUAUAACCAGACUUAUAUGAACGUUUGUGCAUCACAAAUGACUGCCCUGACAGAAUGACCAUUUGGAUUGAAUUUUUCAGUCGAGUGACCUACUGAACAUAGUAGGUCACUCUAUGCUCAGUAGUGACCUAGAUAGUACUGUCGAGUGACAGUACUAUGUUAUUUGCAUACACUAAGAUUGAUAAUUAGUUAUUGUAGUAGUGAUCGUGAUUAGUUGUGUAGUAAUGAUUGUAGUAGUGCGGCUGAGAAUAUAAAAAUUUGCAAUUCUUUUAAACAAUAAUUGUCUGAAGCGUUCUUGCUCACCCAUUCCUAUUAGUAUACAUCCCAAUUCUUUUUUUUUUAAACCCCGACUCAAAUCCUGAAACGGAAAGUAAAAUGUAGUUCCUAUUUAUAUCCAGCCUGUAAGUCGUUCAAUGGCAAUAAAUUUUACAAAUUUAUGUGAUAGCGAUGAAAAUUAUCCUCGUUAUGCUUUUCCAAGUCUGUCCGUACCAAUAAUACCAUUGUACAAUUAUAUUUGUUUAGAUAUUUUGUCGAAUUUCACGAUCAAUUGUCAUGAGCGGAACCAAUAAUUUUGUCCGUUUUGACUGAUGAGUGAUAUAGAUCUUCGACCAUCUCUAAUUACUUUAUUCCAAAUAGAUAAUUUUUGCCAUGAAUUCAGUUCCGUUAAGUCACCUACUAUAACCGUUACCAAAAGUCACGACGGGCUGAUCUGCAACGUAAAUAUAAUAUUAUAGGAAUGUGAAUCUUUUUCUUGAUUUGAAUGCUUGGAUUGAUUUUUAUGUGGUAAUUAAUGACAUGUCAAUAAUUAUUGCACAGUGCGGCCUUAAUAGGAAUUAUUUACCUCUGAUUUUUUAUCACUAUCAUGUAUACAAAGAUAACUAUUUUUCAAAGUUUAUG